GUUGUCUACUCGAGGAGGAUGGAUUCAUUCAUAAGACAAGAUCGGCUACUGUGCACCGUAAUACAGGCGAAAGUCCACCGUCGUACAGUGAACGGACUUUAUGGAUCUACAAUCACAUUUUUGACAAGCAAAAGACGACAUCUCCGAGGAUUUCAAGCUUAAACGAGCAGACCUUUUAACGGACUCAACUUGGACACUUCCCCCUUAACAAGGGGAACUGGAUUAAAGCUUCUUCAUGCAACUUUUUUGGAAAGAGACCAAGAGCAUCUCACCGGGGAGUAACAAAAAGAUCACCACCGUAUGCUACCUGCCCUUUAGUACCUAAUCUUCUUGGUUGUACCGGUGCCCUGUUGCUGCAGGUGACAUCGACAACACUCCGGUACCUGCAGGUGUCCCCUUCUCUCUCGGUCCCUCCUGGGAGAUGUACCAAGGGUUCCCCGGUGACGCAGACAGCGGAUCCCGUGGAAGCUCGUCUCCAUCCAUCGAGUCACAGUACCUUUCCUCCGUGGACUCCUUCGGGAGCCCGCCGACCACCAGUGCUCCGCAGGAGUGUGUGUCAGCAGGAGCUGGCCUGAGCAUAGUGGGCAGCGGGCCAGGAACUAGUGUUGGAGGGGAAAUGCCUGGUUCAUUUGUGCCCACCGUCACCGCCAUCACCACCAGUCAGGACUUGCAGUGGAUGGUACAACCAACCCUCAUUUCCUCCCAGGCCUCUGGACAUAGUGGGUCCACUGGCACCACAACCAUGACCCAGCCAGUGUCACUGGUUGACCCAUAUGACAUGCCAGGCCCCAGUUAUUCUUCUGGGUCUGGGUUCAACCCUCUAAGUUCUGAAACGCAAGGCCCCGCACCGGGCCCCAUCCGCCAAUCCAGAACCCGUAACCGCCGUACACGAGACGAGUCUGUGAGUGAAGAUGGAGAUGUUGGUGUGUUACUUUCACCUGAGGAAGAGGAGAAGAGGCGUGUUCGUCGAGAGAGAAACAAGCUGGCAGCCGCCAAAUGCAGAAACCGCAGACGAGAACUCACAGACAGACUGCAGUCGGAGACGGACAUUCUGGAGGAGGAGAAGGCCGAGCUGGAAGCUGAGAUCUCUGAGCUGCAGAAGGAGAAGGAGCGCCUGGAGUUUGUCUUGGUGGCCCAUCAGCCCAAUUGCAAGAUCCCAUACCAGGACCAGUCCCAGCAGGGCUCAGCGCAGCUCCCUCCAGUGCCGCCCCAGCUCGCCCCCCAGACCUUACAUCCUCCCGUCUCCAUUGUGGGCUUGGCUGUGAAGGAAGACUCUUUCUAUCUGCCUCCUGCCUACACAGCCCAUCCGUCCUCUACACAUUCCCAGCCUACGGUUCAGCAGCAGCAGCAGCAGCAGCAGCAGCAGCAGCAGCAGCAGCAGCAGCAGCAGCAGCAGCAGCAAGUCCAGCCGCAGCCUCAGCCAGGGAUGAUGCAGGAGGUAGAGUUUUCUAGUUCUUUCUAUGGCUCAAGUGAGCCAACACAAGGCGGGCCGUGCCUUAUGGCCAGCGACAGUGGUGGUGGUGGUGGUAACCAUGACGAUGCGGCCAUUGGCAGCUACAACACCUCAUACACAUCUUCAUUUGUGUUCACCUACCCAGAGGGAGCCUGCGGGGUCAGUGCCAACCAGCGGAACAGCAGUAGCGAGCAGUCAUCUGAUUCCUUGAACUCGCCUUCGCUGCUGGCGCUCUGACUGACCGACAGACACACGCGCACACAUAUCAACACGCACACACAUUAUGCUGGCUGGAAGUAGAGCCAGAGGCAAGUACAUGCACAGUUCCUUCAGUAUCAGCCUCAAAGUUUGAGAAAAAAAAAAAACAUUUGAAUGAUUGAUUCAAAGUUUCAACAUUCUAUAAUGCAUUCCAAUAAAGAGCCAUACAAAUAGUUGCACAUGAAUAAUAUUAGAUUUUACAUUUAACAUUGAGCUUAAACAAAAGAAAGUUUCUUUUUUUAUAUGAUCAGUAUACCUGAAAAUGGACAAGAGGAGUGAAUAAGACUGAGUCAAGUCUAAGAUGCCAGCACAAGUGCUUUGAAUUACCGGAUUAUUUCACACAUAAUAUUCUAAAUCGUCAACAUGCACAGUACAUUGACAUGCCAAAGGGCACCACAGCCCCCACCUUGUUCCCUCUGUCGGUUGCCCAAUGCUCUUGCUCUCAUUCUUCUUCCAUCCUUUUUCUCCCUUCUUCCUCUUGCUGAAUGUAUUUGUGCAAAUCUGAAAUAGGGACGAAGGACACCUUGUUCAGGGUCUUUUCUUGUGGGAGACAGACAGCUGAUUUCUUGCUCACCUCUUACGCUUCAUCUGCUCGACUUUCUUCUGCUUCUCCAUCUGCUGCUUGGACUUGGCAAGUUUGGGAUCUGAUUGUCACAGCCACCACUAUAUCUUGUGCUUUCUUCUCUGGUUUUUUUAAAAACUGCCGUCUGCCUACCUGCCAUGCGACCCAUCUCUGCCCAUCUCUUUUUCUCCUCCUCUGUCUCUCUGUUUCUUCUCUCUGAAGUCCUCGACCCCUGAGAGCCCGAAGACCCCCUCCAGCCCUUGGGACCUUGAGUGAAAGACAAGCCAGCUUACACACCAUUUUGCACCCUCUGAUAAAAGGACAGGACCCUGCUGAUUCAGAAGAGUAUUUUAUUUUCUGAGCGGAUCCUUACAGAGAACAGCAGCUAAAAACACAAACGCACAUGAACGCAUAAUCAAUGAACGCAAAAUGCAAGACAGAUGCCACUGUCUCCUGCUGAGCCAUUUUUUUAAUGAUGAGAUAAAUCUUUUGUUGAAAGUGAAUAUGGAGAGAGGUUUAUGAGGAAUUAAGGAAGGAAGCCCAACCAAGCUGGACAGACUCAAAUGGGAGAUGAUGAAAAAAGUGAUGACGCCCAUUCAAACAAUCGAUUUUUGGAACCAAAUGUUUAAAACAAAGCAAAAAAAAAAAAAAAAAAAGAAGAAAGAAAAAAUCCUGCUCUUGCCAACUGUGUGGAAGGCUGACCUCAGAUAAACACCUCCAUACCACAGAGCCUCAUCACCCUGGGCCUACAUGCGCACAUACACAACAUCGCUUUAAAGUCUCUGAACUGAAGAUACAGUUGUUUUGUUGCAGCGCACCAGCUCGGUGUUUUGCUGAGAAUCAAUCAGAUGUGAAUGCCUUUAUUUAGAGGAGAGACUGUUUUUUGUAGUGAUUCAGACAACCUCUAAACAUUGGGCUCAGUGGUCUCUGUACCUCCCCUGUUCUCUCAGCGGAGACGAGGCGGGGUGCGUUUAUUGUGAGUGCGUCCGUCCACUCUGAGGCACCUGGCCCGUUUAUUUCUUUCUUUAUUGAGGUUGAUAUGGCGUGAGCACAAAGCAAGCCUGGAAAAAAAAAGGGGGGAGAACAUGUGGGCUGAUGUCGAGGAGUGAGCGUCCCUUUGCCUGUGAAUUUGUACGACUUGUUUUUCCUGUAUGUUUGAGUGAGAGUUGUUCUAUAUUUGAAUGUCUUUGUUCGUUUGUGUAUCUGUUUUGCGUAGACCUCUGCUUUUAUUUGUACUGUUGUCGUAUCUUGGUUUUGUUUGUCUUUUUUUUUUUUUUCAAUCGGGAUAUUUCCUUAUAACUGUUACUAUUAUUGCCUUGUAACAAUUGUUUUUUUAUUUUAUUGUAUUUUCAUUUGGCAACUUUGGAGGCAUGUUGUGCACUACAAAAAAAAAACAUCUUAAAAGUCUAUAUGCAUAUACAUACGUAUAUACAAAUCACAUGUAUAUAAAAGUGUAUGAACCAUGAUUGUAAAGUAUGAAUGUUUGCGGAUCUUAAAUGGGAUAUUUUUGUCAAUGAAGAACAAGAAAAGAUGUUACUGAGGUUUAGUUUUAAAAUGAAUAUUUUUCUAAAGGAACAAAAAAAGACUAUAACACAUUAAAGUACUGCCCUGUCCCUAGAAAUGAAGCACGAUGUCACUGCCUCUGUCAAUGUGUAUUUAUGUUUUAUAAACAAUAUAAAGCACUAUACAAGUUACAUUCAAUGUAUGUUUAUUAUGAUGAUGUAAGAAGGUUGUGGUAACGCCUUUGUUUUGUUUCUUCAUUUUUUUCUGUGAGGUCUGUCCUAAUGCUACUGACACCUUAAUGCCACUUGAUCCUUAGCAGAUCAAACUGAGGGGGAAAAAAACAAGUGUGAUUGAAUGUUAAUACACGUAUUAAAAGUGUUCAGACUACAACAUAAAGACUAAACUGUUUCAUUUUAAAGGGCAAAGUAUUAAUAACCCAGUAUGCAUUUCUGUCCAGUAUAAACAUAUCACUCCAUAACAUUGUUGCUUCUAACUGAAAUGUGUGUUUUUGAAGGAUAACCACAGUUUAAGCCUUGAUAUUAACAUUAUCUUGUUAAAUCAUUCUUGUAUUCAAUUUGUUGUUUAAAUAACAUAAAGCCUUUAUUGUGAUUGUAUUUGCUGGAUAAGAAGCUUUAUUUUCAAUAAAUAAAAAAUGUUUAUUCACAACAAUUACAGGAUUAAUAAUGUAGAUUUGUGUUCAAAUUUGGCUCUUGGUUGUCAGAAAAUGGGCAGACCUCAUUUUAUUUUGAUGUUGAAUUUAUGACUGUGUUUGUACAGAUGUCAAGAUGCCUUUUAAGUUCUCUCCAAAUGCAAUGUGAUGAGAAUAUGUUCUGGUGUAUCAGAAUAAGCAUAAAACAUAUUCAAUAGUUCUCAUGUACAUAGGUUUAUGUGGUGCUACUUAUAGUUUACUAUAAUAACGAGGCAGUUUCACAUUGUAAGGUUAUAGGGUCACACAUCGCUGAGGACAUUAUAAGCAGAAUAGAAGCCAUGAACAGUGAAUUCUCCAGCAGCUAAAGCUCUACGAGCCGAGAAAUCACGCUUUGAUUUCAUCAGAGUUUAAUAUCAAUUUCCUGCAACAUCUUUAAGAUGUUUAAAGUUGGUCUCAGAGGGCCCCUGUACUGUGCCUGCACUCUACACACUUAAGCCCCUUAUCAGCUCACAGAGGAUUCAUACUUUUAUCAAAUAUCUUUGACUGGGGUUUAGUUGAAGUGGUCCAAAAGCUUUUUUUUCUAUAAAGUUACAAUCACAAAGGAGUAGUUAAGAAAAUGAUAAAUAUUAUCAUCUACUAUUAUGAAACAGAGAAACUGCAUGCACCUCUACCUGUAUGGCUUUAUUGGUGUCAACUGAACAAGAGCAUUCCUAUUUUUCUAUGCUAAGGCAAAUGUUGCUGUGUAUGUUAAUUUUCCCAUUCAUAAGCUGAUUUAAAAUCAAAUGCAAUACUUACUAUCUUCUUGGAUAAACAUAAUGUAGCAUAUAACGCAGUGCUCAAACUGACUGCUACUAUAUGUCAAGUGUGAUGCUGUAUUGCUUAAGUUACAUCAUUUUGUUAAAAGAUGAAAAAUUAUCCUUAAACAAUUUUAACAUUUGGUUUUGAAACAAUCAUGACAACGAAAAUAUUUUGAUCUUUUCUUUUUAUGUUUGAUUAUGUGUAGGGGCACUUGCAAGGUUUCAAGGAGUCAAUGCUGCUUCUUUUCUAAUCAAUCCCUUCAUUAAUGUGUCAUUCCUUUUGAUUUUUGCAAAGUUCUUUUCAUGUGUUUUCUUGGAGCAAAAAUGUCAAAUUUAAAACAGGGCUUUUUGCUUUAUUUUUUGGCUACCUCAGUGAAAGGGCCAAAGAAACUUGUUUUAGAUGUAGAAUUGUGAGACUUCAAUAAUAAGUCAUUUCAAACACAAAAAUAUUCACGAUUACCUUGUGAUGCUCUGAUUUCAAUUGGCCAUAUUUUGGUACAAACACCAAAACUUUUUGCACAGCAUAUUUAUGUUCUGAUAAAUUGUUUUUCAAAACUUCAUCCUCAUUGCUUCGACCAAAGUUUAUGAAAACUUGCCAUGUUGCUUCUGCAAACCCUGUGUUGAGAUCUUGUGUGUCCACUUCAGCUUCUGGCCCUUUUUGUUACUGUAUAAAAGUUUACAUGAUCAACUAAUUUCAUGGUUUCUAGACUGCAGAAGUUGGGUGAGCUGUCUCAUAUCAAGAUGGUUUGACCAAAUGCCAUGUAUUUCCAAAUUGUGAAGAAAAUGCAUAAAUAAACAUAUUACAACAUA